ACUAGCUAAAAAUUGCAAAAACACGAUAGUGGCAAAUUGCGAGCAAUCUUUCAGGGUUUUAGCAGAAGUUGUGGGUGUUAGGUGUGCCUGAGAGUGAUAGUGAGACACACUUCCUCCUCAUAUGAUCGUGAAAGAGCAUUGGCCAAGCAGCGCUUUAGAGGAAGAGAAGUUGGUGCUGCGAGAGAAGAGUUAUCGAACACCACAGCGUCUUCAUGUCCACGUUUGACGAGAGGUGAGGGCUGACCCGGUUGCGCUGGGCCUCGGGCAAGAAUCACCUUUAUUAGUGGGUUGGAUGGAGUGACUGCUGGAUCGACAAGCUCCUUGUGUGCCGCUGGUUCUUGACAGGGGACUAAAUGGAGGAGAGACUGGAGACUGCACAGUUGAGGCCACAAAAAUCUCAGGAUGGCUGUGCCCGAUCUUCAGAAACAAAGCGCUACAGUGAGAUAAUACGUGAUUUUGACGCCAGCGUGAACAUGUCACUAGCAUGCUCGACUGUGGAUGAGCUCGACCCGGACUCUUUGUCUUUAACAGACAUCUCCGCAGAUACCACGCUGAACGCAGACCUGGAUGAUAUUACAGGUGAAGAUGAGUGCACCGUAAAGAUUUGCCGUGAAGACGAAGAGAAGAAUGAAGGGACAAAUGCCCAGGACCCGGAUCUUACCCUGUGCCGCUGCGAGGGUGGCGUGGAGCUCGCCCUACAGUACGCCAAAAUGUGGUGCCGCUAUGCUAAAGACCUGCUGACCUGGAUGGACAAAAGAAUCAGCCUGGAGCAGGAGUUUGCAAAGAGUAUUAUGAAAGCAGCUGAUGCAGCCAAGUCUUGCAUUGCUCAGCAGGAUAUAAUGCCUUUGCAGCACAUCUACAUCCUCGCUAUGGAGCACGAUCUUAAAAACAGCCAGACGACCAAACAAACAACUGAACUCGUGCAGCAGCGAUGCUAUCAGGCUCUCUCGGCCAAGAAGAACGAAAUCGACAAAUGGCGGCGGGAAUUUAAAGAGCAGUGGGGUAAAGAACAGAAGAGAAUGAACGAUGCGGUGUCUGCGCUAAAGAGGGCACGGCAGCAGUACAGACAGCGCUGCGAGGAACUGGAGAAGGCCAAAGCCAUGACGGCCAAAGCUGAAGAGGAAACGGGAGGUAACAAGACCCUGGACAAGAGGAGGAAGUCCAGAGACGAUGCCCAAUCCAAGGUCGUAGAGGCUGAGAUGCUGUACAGGCAGUGUGUGUGUGAGGCUAACAGCCAUCAAGAAGAGCUGGAAAGAGUCAAACAGAGAAUCAUCGUCCACAUUCGAAAGCUCAUCUGUCAAGGAGACACGGUGUUAAAAGAGGCAACAGUAAAUAUGUUUUACUUCCAGCGGCAACAGACCGAGUCAGUUCCUGUGGAUUACCAGAACUUGGAAUUGACCUGCAGGCCUUGUGAGCCCGGGGAGCCCUACCUCCUUUAUAUUACAGGCAAAUGUCUACCUGGCCAGCCUCUACAGAACUUUAUAUUUCAGGAGUUCAUUCCCCCGGGCAGGAGAUCCCCACCAUCAUGUAAGCGUAAACCAAGCAAUGCUCCAAGUUUCCAAGAUUCAUAUGCCCUACCAGACGAAUUGAAACACAGCAGCAGUUUAGUAGAAGGAAGACGUCCCGGUCACAGUGACAGUGACAGCAGAGGAGGAAGUUCUGAAUCUCUGUAUAGUCCAGCUCAUGGGAACCGUAAGCUACCCAAAGCCUCCUCCACGGGAACCAUGUCUUCGGAUGACCUCGAUGAGAAAGAUGCUUUACAAGAAGCAGAGAGCGAGGAAGCUUUACCUGACAGCAACGGAACGUUGUGUAAACCACGAACGGCAUCACGUGCCGCUUUGACUCACAGACUGAGAAAAAUGAAGAGCAAGAUGAUCAAGUGCAAGCAAUGUGACAACUACAUCCUGGUGAAUGGGAUCGAGUGUGAGGAGUGUGGCCUUGCGGUCCACAGGAAGUGCCUGGAGGUUUGCCAGAUAGAGUGUGAGCACAAGAGAGGCUUUAUCUUCGGUAUGGACUUCAACCUGCUGCCCAGAGAGAGCCCAGAUGCUGUGCCCUUCGUUGUCCUUCGUUGCACUGAAGAGAUUGAGAGCCGGGCUCUCGGUGUCCAGGGCGUGUACAGAAUCAGUGGCUCCAAACCUCGGAUACUUAAAUUAUGUCAGGCCUUUGAGAUCCAGAAAGACCAAGUUGACCUUAGUGACCUCUCACCCCAUGACAUCACUUCUGUUCUCAAGCAUUUUUUCAAGGAGCUUCCAGAGCCGUUACUCACCUUUGACCUUUACAAUGACUUCAUCGGCGUGGGUAAAGAGAUUCAGAGACUUAGUGAAAAGGACAAUGCCGCCGAGACUGUUGGGAUUGUGGAUAGUAUUGUUUUCAAACUCAAGGAACUUACAGGACGGUUACCACUGUGCAACUACAUCACAGUGCAACAUAUGAUGGCCCACUUGAACAGAGUUGCUGAACAAUACGAAGAUAACAAAAUGUCCCCUGGAAACCUGGGCAUCGUGUUCGGUCCCACUCUCUUGCGCCCCCUGGUGUCGGGGGACGUGUCCAUGAUUGCACUUUUGGAGACCAGCUACCAGGCGCUUCUCGUGGAGUUCAUGAUCUCCCACUAUGAGGAGGUCUUUGGUCCAAUGGUGAGAUCCAGCACACCCCCUCCACCCGCUCCCACGGCACCUCUUCCAGAAACCCCAUCGAAAGCAUUGUGUCCCCUUUCCCCUGCCGAAAGUUCCUCUCAGGACCCCGGAGCAUCGUCUAAAGAACGGCCACGGUCACUGGAGAAUCGCACUAUCAAGAGAGAUUCAAGCGAGGGUUAUAUUUCUGACAAAUCAUCAUCCAAUGAGGCAAUGGACCAGCUGAGCCCAGAAGCCAAUGACAGAGCAGUCCUGGCUUUGAGGGCUACAGCAUCUCCUCAUGGGCAUUCGGAGCUGGUUACAGAAACUCAGUUGCAAACCCAAUCGAGGGCUUACUUCAGCAGGCAGCCGGUAAAAUACCACAGACAGGGCUCUUCAGGAGCACAAAUAUUUAAAACAGGAUCUCAGUCGAUGGAUGAGGAGAACCCUGGAAGCAGGGAAGGACUUUUAUCAGAAAGCGCAGACAGCAGCUGUUGCUCCUCACCUGAGAUCACCAUGAAACCUAAUUCCUUUCUGCACAGUACAGACCCGCACUGCCUUCAGUUAAAGACCCCUCAGAGUCAGACUGUACAUUCGGAUGAGGUGGACCAAGUGGACAAACGAAAUACCAACCAAUCCAACAACAACUUAUUGGGCAGAGACCGGCAGCUCUUGAUCCGAUCUCUAAGGAGGCGUCCCACAGAGCAGAGAGGCGCUCAGAAGGUCCUGUCUGGACUGAAGCUCAGACGCAGUGAUUCGGGAAAGGGCGAGCAACUCCAGUUUGUUUGACAGGCACGGAAGUGGAACUAAAACAUUUUGCUGACAGCGUGCUUUAAUUUACUGAAAGUAUUUGUUUUUUCUGGAUAUUUUUAGCUUUUCUGCUUUGUGGGGCACUGUUGUUACACAUCUCAGACAGUUAACACUUUGGAAAUGUAAGACACAGAUUUUACUGUGUUGUUACACAGCCCAGAAAUCUUCCUUAGCCGGCUUGUAUGGUUGUUUGAACGUGACUCUUUUGAGAUAAAUAUGGAAAAUAUAACAACACAAACAGUCUUUAUUAAUUUCUUUGUAUUUAUACUGAUAAAUAUUUUAAUUCCACUCGCUGUAUAUUUUGCAACACAACCAAUGGGUAAUGUUACAGGUUACACUACCAGUCAAAAGUUUAGGGUCAUUUGACUGAAAUGCGUUUCAUGAUCU